CGUUGACAGAUACGAGCGGGCGAAACGUCGCCGGAGUAGCUCGGUUCGCCAUGUUCCCCUCUUGCAAGCGGUGCCAGCAGCGAUUCUAAGCAAUGCUGCUGGUUUUGCAGCAGCAGGUCACUCUCCUGCUCCUCAGGCACAGGAGACGUCUCCUCAACCAGUGCCAACUGCAGAACCUGCAAGCAGUCCCGAGACAGAACAAGGCUCGGAAGGUGUCAUACCCCUAUCACAAGACCACACAGCGCCAGAAGCUGCAAGCAGUCCAGAGACCCAAAGCUCCGAAGGUGACACACCCCUAACGGAGGACCACACAGCACCAGAUGCUGCAAGCAGUCCCAGAACGGACAGCGACCCCGAACAUGACAUCGCUGAACCACCUCCAACACAGGAGCAUGAGGCACUAGAUGCUGCAAGCAGUCCCAGAACGGACGACAACCCUGAACGUGACAUCGCUGAACCACCUCCAACACAGGAGCAUGAGUCACUAGGCUCGGACGGGCUCAUCGCCGAGAAUUCAACUCAAACGGACGUGGUGGUAGCAGUCCCUUGUUUCAUCUGCUCUUCCAAGUUUGAAGCCCUGCAGAAGGAGGUACAUCGCCUUCAAGACAAAGAGGCGAAACUUUUGGCUGACAACCGAACUCUACGUGAAGGUCUGCAAGACAGACGAGUAACAUCAUUUUCUGCCGAGCAGCUCACUGAAUCAUCAGUGCAGUUCUAUACCGGCUUGCCGAGCAUGGUUAUGUUUUCGCUGAUCGUCCAGUUGGUGCGAGAAGGCACGAAGUACCUGCCAAGGGCCGUCUCCCUUGGGGAUGCUGUCUUCAUGGUGCUGGCUAAGCUGCGCCUCGCUCUGCUGAAUCGCGAUCUUGCUUUCCGGUUCAAUGUGUCGGAGGGGACAGUUGCAAACAUUAUGGUGAAGUUCAUUCCUUUACUUGCCGAGACUUUUUCUAAAUUUAUCAUUUGGCCUACACAACCAGACAUUGCACGGACAAUGCCCACCCUUGUGCGUCGCUACUAUCCACGGUGUCGUGUGAUCGUAGACUGCUCAGAAUGCCGCAUUCAGCGGCCACUAGCCUUCACUGCCCGUUCGCAAACAUAUUCGCACUACAAGUCGUGCAACACUAUAAAGUUUCUUGUGGGUGUGACACCGUGCGGUGCAGUAAGCUUCAUCUCAAAGGCAUGGGGAGGAAGAGUGUCGGACAAGCGGCUUACACAGAGAAGUGGGCUGCUGGACAAGCUCGAGAAUGGGGACACUGUUCUAGCCGACCGGGGGUUCCUUAUUCGCGAGGACAUUGGCAGGGUCGGAGCUAGGCUGGUUGUGCCAGCGUACACAAAGGGCAAAAGACAGCUCCCUGCAGAGGAAGUGGAGACAGCGCGGAAGAUGUCAAAGAUAAGGGUUCAUGUAGAGCGUGCCAUUGGUCGCAUCAAGGUUUUUAGAAUUCUUCAGGACAGGCUGCCCAUAACGCUACUGCGACAUGCCACAAACAUUUUACUAAUAUGCUCUGGCAUCACAAACCUAAAACCAAAAUUGAUGUAGGGCUUUUCGUGAGGCAGGUACUGUGCACUAAUUAAAAAACUCCUGAAAAGAAAAAAAAAAAUUUGUUUUGAACAGUCUGGUUGCGACACUCAUGUCAAAAAAUAAAUUUUAUGUGAAACUUUUUUUUUAAGAUCAAUACUGGCGGCAAGAGAUUUAUUUGAAAUUCUGUGCGAAGACGACGUCGCGUGUCACUCCGGAAUGACCAUCUCGGUCGCGAAGGUGAAGCCGAUCCACCACUCCUUCCUGUACCCAAAAUGCCGAGGGAAAACAAGUGGAAAGGCGGCGACUGUCAACUAAAUCGCAUCUCGCGGCAUCAAUAUUGCUCUAAAAAUUUUUUCUUUCGCAUAGAAUUAGUUAUUUGACAUGCAUGUCCCAACCAUGUUGUUAAAAAGAAAAAAAACUUUUUCUUUUAGGGGCUCUUUAAGGCAGGGAAACCUGCCUAACCUGUGUGCAUUUCUUUUUCAAAGGAACUUCCUGGAAAGCUCAUUGGCCAAAGACAUUUAUUUUUUUCCUCAGACUUUUUCGAAGCCAGCUGCCACCAAGGGACCUGCAUUUUUUAGUGAUGGCUGUCACACUGAGCUUUCCAAAGCAUUGUUUUUGUCAGCAUUGUCCGUUGUUGUCUUUAGAUGAAAUGCAUUGUAAAUACUUUUGUCCCCAACAAUUACAUGAACAGGGUUUCUUUGUUAAAUGAAUAUUUAUCUACAACUCUUUCAUUACCUUCUACUCCUUUGUUCCUCCACCGUCAAUAUUGAAUUCAUAUUUUGUUAAAAAAAAUAAACUGGGCUGUGUGGAUGCUUAGACAGCGUUAAGUUAGGCAGCUAUCAAAAUGUGGGCACUUGGUUUUCUUUUGUAGAUGCAUAGUUAGGCCAAUGUCCAGUACAACUACUAAGCCAUGGUCUUUAAGGGGUACUUCAACGAAAUUCUAAAUAUACCCGUCGUGUUCAGAAAUAGGCUGAAUAUGAUCCACAAUAUCUGUAAAU